AUGGCAAGGCAUAUGAUGCAAUAUCAGUACAAUCAACCUCGAGGAGAACUGGAGCAAUGGGGUCCUUUCUUGAUCGGGCUCCAGUAUGUCAACGGACAGUGGGCAUGGACUGACGGCACAGCGACCGACUACUAUCGUUGGUAUGCGGAAAAAGGAGGUUCGUGA